UCACGGUCUGAAAUGUAAUGUGUUUGAAAAAAUAUACUGUACCCAAUUAAAUGAUAUCGAUGAUUUUACUGAUUUUGUCCGAUACGCGUAUCGCCGAAAUGCAUAUGUUGCAGUUUUGCCUCAAGGAAAAUUAAUGUUGUAAAUAAAAUGAAAAAUGGGGACUAAGAUUAAGAAAAAUUUAAGGCAUAGAAUAUGCACAGAAGAUUAUUAGUUUAAUGAAAUAAGUGAGUUUAACUAAGGUCAAGUACUAUGACAAUGCGCCAAUGUAAAGUAGUUCUAUUUAACAGUUAAUUACUACCUUAUCACAUAGAGCUCUGGAUAAUCAUGUAUUUACCUAGUUUUGCACGGUAACAAAAUGUGUCUUCGCUUUUUAAAGAAAAGAUCAGGAUUUCUCAUUGGUUUUGCGAUUGGCUUUGCUCUUCCAUUGUUAUUUAUCCUAUGGAAAAGAAUAUUUGUGACUUAUUUGACAUAUGAUCAAGAAUCAUGGGAGCCUGAGUAUCACUUGAAUAAGAAGCCACACCAUAAAGAAAUUAUUUUGCAACUUUGGAAGAAGCAGAAGAGGACACACGACUAUUUUAACAAUGUUACAUAUGAUGCUUGGCUGGGCGAACAAAAUUUAAGAUCAUACAAAAUCGAUCUGGAUAAGCAUCUAUAUGGUCCACAAGAAAGAGAUGAUGCGAAAGAAAGCAUCAAUCUGGAAUGGAAUUGGUUGUCGGAACAAAUUUCCAUUACAUGCGUGGUUUUCAUAGAGAAACUUAAAUUAGGAAAAUCAAUUCAAGCUACAUGGGGCGAGCGCUGUAACAAUAUAUACUUCUUCGGACACCGUCUGAAAAACACAGAAUUGCCUGUUAUAAAUGUAGGUGCAGAGAUCACAUCUUCAUGGCAGCUGCUGUGCGAAGCUAUGAGUUAUAUUUGGAACGACAGAGCAGCGGAUAAAUUGAAGUGGGUUAUUUUUGUGAAAGAUGAUACUAUGGUCAUACCAGAGAAUUUGCGCUAUAUGGUUGCUCCUUUAAACCAUGAAGAUGAUUAUUACUUGGGUCAUCCGAUAAUUAUGUGGGGUCAUCCUUACAAUGUUGCUCAAGCUGGAUAUGUUCUUAGCAGAGGAACAUUGGCUAAGGUAGUAAAGAUGUUCGAUUCUUCAGAAAAAUGUGCCGCAGGUGGAAGGUUUUGGAAGAAGGAAGAUUAUUACCUUGGGAAACAUUUGUUUUCCUUAGGCAUACAUCCAUCCGAUACCAGAGAUCAGUACUUAAGAGGUACUUUCCACGGUUACUCUUUACAAGUUCUCUUGUGGGGUGUCAACAGACCAGGCAGCUAUUGGACACGUGCCAUGUAUCCGACGAAAAGAACAUACUGCUCGCCGGUAUCUGUAACUUUCAGCGCCAGUGAACCCGAUAAAAUGCACACGCUGAAUUUUUUACUGUAUCAUUUGCGUGUAUUUAUGAACGAAGGCAAAUUCGGUAGUAUACCUGCUAAAGCUCUGAUAUCUGAAGACGAUGUGUGGAAAAUUGCGCUGGAGGAAGAAUUUAACAUCACGCAUUUGGACGAUAUUACGAGUGAUGUUUAUUACAAAAUAUGGCAUUCCAAAUAUUCCGAGCCGGGACAAUUGAAAAUUACUAAAGAUUACCGAAUUACAUUAGACUGCUUACUGGCGAGCUAUAAAAAGGGGAACAAAUUGGACAGUUGCCCGACGGAAAGUGUCAUCAGCAAUAGAAAAACUUAAGUAGAUUAUUGAAACGUUAGAAAAGUUAACAGUUUGAUCAAUGCCGAGUUAUCUCAAUAUACAGCUAAUAUAUUCAGUUCUUCCUGUAGCAAUGUGAUUAUUUACGCGUUUAAGUCGAAUUUACACAAUGUCGACAGAUAAAUAAAUUUAUUAAUAAAAUUAGUAAAUUUA